AUGGAGGUGGAACAUACCGCGGCAGUGGAAAUGCUGGACGAAGAACACGAUAGGUUGCCAGUCCUUCCCGGGGAUAAUCAUGUGUACAUUCUUGGCAGUAUCAAUGGCCAGAACAUCGUGAUCGUUGGCCUUCCUCGUGUAGGGAACAACUAUGCUGCUACUGCUGUCGCGCAGAUGAGAAUGACAUUCCCGUCCCUCAGAUACGCUUUAGUCGUGGGCAUUGGCGGUGGUGUACCAGUAAAGACAGAGCAGGGAAUGAUCCGCCUAGGGCAUGUGGUGGUUGGUGAACCGAUAGACAUACAAGUUGGAGCUGUGCAGUAUGACCAUGGAAGAUGGACGCCAGGCCAAUUUGAACGCAAAGGUUCUCUUAGCCCCCCACCAACGGCUCUUCUCAGCGCUGCACAAGAGCUGGCUAGGCAUCGUAACAAAUUGGACCUCGAUCCGGUUUGGGCCAAUCUAAAGAAAAUACCAACUGACCGCCCAGCCUUUCGCCGCUAUAAGUUUCCUGGGAUUGCGAACGAUCACCUUUACGAACCAGAUUGUGUACAUCGUGUGAAAGGAGUGUCCUGUGAAGAAAGUGGCUGUGACCCGCAAAAGCGUAUCAAGCGAUCACUGGGCGAGCAAGGAGAGUCUUUUGUCGUGGUACAUAGAGGCACAAUAGCAACUGGAGGGUUGGUCAUGAAGGAUGCUCAGAGGCGGAAUGAGCUAGCACAGGAGCACAAGGCGCUCUGUUUUGAAACAGAAGCAGCUGGUGCUCUCACAGAUUUCCCAUGCUUGGUAAUCCGCGGAAUAUCCGACUAUUGCGACACGCACAAAAACGAUGUAUGGCAUGGAAUUACGCCGCAGUCUCCGAGGAUAGAGGGAGCACAGAACAGAGGGACAAGAGCAGAUCACCAUUCCCGAAUUCACAUUGUUCCAUCCUUAUGGAACCGUCACUUCACCGGCCGGGAAACAACGCUUGAAGAACUCCAGCAGAGGCUUUUUAUCCAGGCAGACACUCCAAUAUUAGCGCUGUUCGGAUUAGGGGGCAUCGGCAAAACCCAAGUCGCUCUACAGCUUGCGGAUUGGGUCGAAAAGCAGAUGCCAGAGUUCUCUGUUUUUUGGGUUCCCGCUUUAAGUCUGCAGACUUUUGAACAGGCAUGUUCGCGAAUUGUGAAGAAGAUCGGUAUCCAACAACAUUCAGAUGAUGAACGUGAGAGUGCCAUGGAAUUAGUCCAUGAAUAUCUCAGUUCCAAUGCAGCCGGGAAAUGGCUCUUCAUCGUGGAUAAUGCCGACGACCUCGAUUUACUUUUCAAUGAUCUUGAGCAGUAUUUCCCAGCUAGCGAGAACGGCGUUACCUUGCUCACUACCCGUUCCCGCGAGGUAGCGGUGACAUUUGCAACAGCGGACAUAAUUGAGCUUGGAAAUAUGACGUUAGCAGAAGGGGAGGCUUUUCUUACCAAGAUUGUGAGGAAAGAUUUGCUCUGCGGGCCGGAGUCCACUACUCAGUUACUAGAGGAACUGGUAUAUCUACCUCUAGCCAUCGUGCAGGCGGCGUUUUAUAUGAGCCACCUCAGUGUAAAGGUCUCAAAAUACCUCGAGAUCAUGCAUAGUACAGAAAAGGAUCGAACAGAUCUCGCGAGUAGGGAUUUUCAUGAUCGCACUCGAUACCGCUCAAUGCCGAACGCUGUUGUGACUACUUGGACCAUCUCAUUUAAACAGAUCAAAAAGUCUGAGCCCUCUGCUGCAGAGCUGUUGGAGUUUUUGUCUUAUAUUGAGCCAAAGGCAAUUCCACAAUUAAUGCUCCCUACUCUGGAAUCAAAAGAGAACACCGAGCGUGCGAUUGGAGUACUGUGCAGCUUCGCGUUUAUAACCAAAAUAGACGAUGGCCACGCAUUUGAUAUGCAUGAUCUGGUUCAGCUUGCAACACGACGGUGGGUAGAGGACGCUAGUCAUGCACAACAGGUCAUCCAGAAAGUGAUACAGCGCCUGGACGAGUGCUAUCCCUCCGAAGAAAAUUACAGCCUUGAGAAAUGCAGAGCGUACCUACCGCAUGCCCUUAAAAUCAUUCGCAGAGACGAAAGUAGGGGCAUAAAUGAGAGAUAUAGCUUACUUAUCAAAGUUGGGUAUUUCGUCGCGACGGAAGGCCGAGAAAAAGAGGCGCUUGGCUUUUUUGAAGACGCAUCUAUGUGGCACGAGAGUCAACACGGUGAAGAGCAUCCUGAUCGACAAUUUUCAGAGCAUGCACUCGCAAAUGCUUAUCGAUCAAACGGCCAGGCUAAAAACGCCGUUCAAAUCCUCGAGCGCGUGGUUAAGGUUCGGAAGAGGACGGCUGCCGAAGAAGAUCGCUCUCUAUUAGCGUACCAAUAUGCACUCGCAAUGGCGCAUCAAUCAAGCGGCCAUCAGAUUGAAUCAGUCGUGAAGAUGUUUGAGCAUGUGGUUACUGUACACGAGAGGACACUUGAUGAAGAAAACCCUGAUCGACUGGCGUCCCAGCACGCACUCGCAAAGGCGUGUAGGUCAGACGGCCAAAUCAAAAGAGCCAUGCAGAUCCUCGAGCAUGUGGUUACUUUACGAGAAAGAACGCUUAAUGAAGAAGAUCAUGAUUUGCUAUCGUCUCAACAUUCACUCGCAAAGAUGUAUAAAGCAGACGGCCAGAUCAAGCCAGCCAUGCAAAUCCUCGAGCAUGUGGUUGAAAUACGAAAGAGGACGCUUGAUGAGGAUUCUCGCUUUCUACUUUCGUCUCAGCGCGCACUCGCAAAGGUGUAUAAAUUAAACAACCAGAUUGAGCUAGCCGUGGACAUCCUCGAGCAUGUGGUUACGGUACAUAAUAAGAACCUUGACGACGAAGAUCAUGAUCGACUGUCGUCCCAACAUGCACUCGCAAUAGCGUAUCGCUCGAUCGGCCAGUAUGAACUAUCCGUGAAAUUACUUGAAAAUGUGGUUGCAGUACGAAAAAAGAUGUUUGAUGAAGAGCAUCCUAAUCGACUAGCGUCUCAGCAUGCGCUGGGAACAGCGUAUCAUUUCAAUAGCCAGUUUGAGGAGGCCGUGCAAAUCCUUGAGCACGUGGUUACGGUACGAAAGAGGACGCUUGAUGAGGAGCAUCGCCAUCUACUAUUGUCUCAGCACUCACUCGCAAUGGCGUACAAAUCAACUGGCAAGAUCAAACUCGCUGUGAAAAUACUCGAGCAUGUGGUUACAGUACACACGAGGACGCUUGAUGAGAAAGAUCCUGAUCGAGUCGCGUCUCAGAAAGCACUCGCAAAUGCGAAGGAGAAAGCAAAGGCAAAAAAGGAAGCAAAGGCGAGGAGGAAGUUGAAGAAAAUGGAGACCACGUUGUCAUAA